ACGGUGGGGUCCCGGUUGGCAGCAAAGUUGGGAUGGAAGUUCUAUGAUGCAGAUGAUUAUCAUUCUCCAGAGAAUAAAAAGAAGAUGGCAGAAGGGAUACCACUAAAUGAUGAGGAUAGGAUUCCAUGGCUUUGUGCACUGCAUGAUAUAUUAAGGAGAGAAGAAGCAUCUAGACAAGAUGCAGUUCUGGCCUGCUCUGCGCUGAAGAAAAUAUAUAGAUGUAUAUUAGUCAGUGGACCUGCGGCACUUGAAAGCAAUGAGCCAGAGAAACCCAGAGAAAACACAGCACUGAAGAUCCUCUUUGUUCAUUUGGAUGGGCCUGUAGACGUCAUUGCUCGUCGGCUGGAGAAGAGGAGAGGACAUUUUAUGUCACCUGAAUUACUUAAAUCUCAGUUUGAUACCCUGGAGCCUCCUAGAGCACCAGAAAACUUCAUUACAGUCAGUAUAGAAAAAUCUCUUCCUGAAAUAGUGCUGGAAAUUGAGAAAGGUAUUUUUUCAGAAUGAGGCAUUUUCAGAGUUGUUUCUAAAUUAUAUAUACUGAAACUCUCUCAAGCAAGAGUUGUAAAACAGCAUUU